UGCAACCUCAGUAUUAUUCUAACAUGGAUACAUAUAAGGUGGUUCCUGAUGUGUUGGCAGUGGCUCCUUCUGAAAUCCUGAACGUCGUCUAUCCAGACAUUGAAGUGAAUCUUGGCAAUGAAAUUAAACCACGUAAAGUAAAGGAUAAACCUAAGGUUGAGUGGAAGAGUGAGCCUUCCAGUUAUUACACAUUGUGUAUGACCGAUCCGGACAAUGCUCAACCAACAGAUGUUUUACCGGAAUGGCAUCACUGGCUGGUAGGUAACAUACCAGGAAAUAAUGUGGCGGACGGUGAAACUUUAGCUGAAUAUAUUGGAUCUGGUCCACCGGACGGAACGGGUCUUCAUCGUUAUGUGUUUGUGUUGUACAAGCAACCAGGGAGGUUAACAUUUGAUGAGAAACGAUUGGGUUUUAGUGUUGACGGACGUGCUUCUUUUAAGAUUGGCAAUUUUGCACAGAAAUACAAUUUGGGUAAUCCAGUUGCGGCGAAUUUUUAUCUUGCUCAAUUUGACGACUGGGUACCACAGUUGUACGAAUUGUUAGGUGCAUAACCGACAGAUAAAUUAACGGAAAUUUGUCAUAUGUAAACAGAUAAUAAAGAUACGUUUUUGAAUCUGG